UGGCUUUGCUUGUCAAAUCAAAAAGCGUGAGGCAGUGAGUUUGCGGUUAGGCGUCAGGUGAAACUCGCUCCGUGUGGAAAAAGAGAGGACAGAUUAAAAAAAAAAAAAAAAAAAAAAAACUUAGUUCGUGUGAACUUUCUGGAAAGUUUUUGCUACUUUUUUAUGAACUUAUUCAGUUAAGGAGUGUGUUAACAACAGGAACCAACACGUUACAAGAUGAAAAGCCUCAAGUAUCGGUUGAAAAAGCACGAAGUCACCAUAACAAACACAGACUGGAACAAGUACGAUGAUCGGCUGAUGAAGGCGGUGGAACGCGGCGAGGUGGACAAGGUUUCUGCCGUUCUCAGCAAGAAGGGCAUCAUCCCCACCAAGCUCGACGUUGAAGGACGCUCUGCGUUUCAUUUGGCUGCAACACGAGGACAUUUAGACUGUCUCAAUGUCAUCCUGGGACACAAUGUUGAUGUCACCGCGACUGACGCCACCGGUAAAAAUGCCCUUCACUUGUCUUCAAGAAAUGGACAUUCUCUGUGUGUGCAGAAACUCCUGCAGCACAACUGUCCAGUUGGAAACGUGGACCUACAAGGAAGAACAGCUCUACAUGACGCCGUCAUGGCAGGCUGCCCUUCCAGUGUGAAACUUCUCUGUGACAGCGGGGCUUCUGUGAAUGCCAGUGAUUUUGAUGGCAGGACACCUCUGGUGCUGGCAACUCAGAUGUGUCAUCCACGCAUCUGUCAGCUGCUGCUGGAGCGAGGUGCUGAUAUCACCACCCGGGACAAACAGAACAAGACAGCGCUGAUUCUGGGCUGCGAGUAUGGCUGUAAGGAUGCAGUGGAGGUGUUGCUGAAGAGCGGCGCUGACGUGAAGGCAGUCGACGGUUUGGGUCACGAUGCAUUUCACUACUCUCGCCUCAGCAAGAACCCGGAGCUGGCCUCGAUGGUCAAAAGUUACCUCGACAAAGCCGCCAGAGAUAAAGAGGCAAAGAUUGAACAGUGGAAGCGACAGCAUUCGGUGGAGCGCUCAGAGGCAGCUGAGGCCAACAUAAGGGAUCAGAUAAUACAUGACUUGGAGAGACAGAACGAGACCCUGCAGGAAAAUCUCAUUAAGUACCGCCAGGAGCACAGAGUCCUGUUAGAUAAGGUCAACAUACUACAGCAACAGCUCACACAGGAAAAGAUAACAGUGGAGGACACACAAAAAGAGAAGGAGCAGUUGAAGGUUUUACUCAGUGCCAAAGAAAGAGAGGACGGAGCUCGAGGCCUGGAGACUGUCAAGGUCCAACUUCGGAGUACUUUGGGCGACUACACUGGGCAAUCUGUCAUCAAAGGUAAAGAAAACUCGGUGGUCAAACAAGCUUUCAGCCUGGAUGCAGAACAGAAGAAUCCUGCCAUGUCGCGUUCACUGUCCAGACCUCCAGAGAAGAGUCAUGCCGCUGUGGGAUGGGACCUCUCCGGUGAACUGGACGCACUCCGGCAUGAAAAUGAGGCAGUCAAGAGAAGACAACAGGCAGCGGAGGAAGAAAUGGCGCGGCUUCAAUCUAUCCUGAACCGUAAAAACCGAGAGUGCCAAGAGCUGGUUCAGAGCCGAGAUACUAUCCAGAAACAGGCUGACCAGCAGAUACAAGAGCUGGAGGACGCCCUGGGGGACGUCCAGAAGAGGAUGCUGGAUUCUGAGUGUAAGGUCAAACAACUGCAAGCCCAUGUAGUCGCUGUCAAGGAACACCUAGGAGGCCAGGCGGCAGAAGAACUGCGUGCCCAGCUCCAGGAUGUCAAAGCCAAGUAUGAAGGUGCUUCGGCCGAAGUAGGUCGAGUUCGUAACCGCCUCAAACAGAGCGAGAAAGCCUUGGAGGAGUACAAGAGCAGCGAGAACCAGCUAGCAGCUGAGGCAGAGCGGCUGAAUCAAGAUCUGGUAGCUCUGACCACAGAACGAGAUGAACUAGCAGAAACUCUUGUAGAAAUGGAAACCCAGCUGAAGGAGGUUCAGACUAAACAUGGCAACACGGUACCCGCUGAGAAGUUUGACAACAUGAAAAACCUGCUGACCAACGCAGUUGAUGAGAAGGAGCGUCAGCUUGCUGAGCUGAGGGAUGACUAUGAUCGUGUGCUAGAGGAGGUGGCCGAGCUCCAUCGAAAGCUGGACAGUCCGUCAUCCCAGGGAGGAUCAGGGGUUGCUGAGGAACAACAGAGGAUACUGGCUGCCCUCGAAGACCAGAACGUUUCCUUGAAAAGGAAACUGGUCGAUUUGACCGCCAAAAGCCAGGCUCUGAUUCGUGAGGUCGAGGAGAGCGAGGAGGAAAGAGAUAUACUACGAGAGCAGCUGGAUGAGUUCAACAGCAGGAUUGAGAUGGACUUUAUACCCGUGAAGGACCAUGAGGAGACUCGGAGGAACAUGGUAACAGCUUUGGAGGAGCUGGAGGACAAACUGGUGGAAGCCAGCGAGCGGUACGGAAAAGCAGAGGCACAAGUUCAUCAGCUUCAAACCGAGAGAGCCACGCUGCAGGAGACUAUCAGCAGUAUCCACAGGUCCAGUGAAGGACAACAGAGUGAAAUGGACGAUCUGAGGUGUCAGAACGCCGACCUCAUAAAGAAACUUGAACUUCUGCAGAGGACGUGUGAAGACCGAGAUAAAGAGUGUGUGCAGCUGACCACGCAGAGCCAGACUCUGAAACAGAGCUUGGAGGGAGAGUAUGUUCCCAGACAGCAGCACGAGCAAGUUAGGAUGGAGUUAAGUACCACUUUGGAGAGUGUUAAAGCUGAGAUGUUGAAGUCGGAGACCAAGGAAAAAGAAAGUGCGGAAGAAUUGAAGAAUGUGAAAGAAAGAAACGAUAAGUUGAAAGAACAGUUGGAAAAUGUCCUGCUGGAGAUGAAAAAAGACUUUAUGAGCGUAAAAGACCACAAAGCUACCACAGAUAAGUUGAAUGCUGCUGUGGUUGAGGCAGAGAAUAGAGCAAACCAAGCGUCAGCGAUGUAUGAGUCGGCUCAGGAGGAAACACUUAAGCUCACCCAGGAACUGGAGGCCCAGAAGAAAGAACUUGAUACAAUACAAGAGGCUAUUCAGUCUAAGUUUAUCCCGCUGACAGCGGUGGAGGAAAAGGAACACUCUUACGGCGCCCAGGUGAAGGAGUUGACAAGCAAGCUGUUGGAAAUGGAAGAAAAGUAUAAUAGAGAAAAGUCGGCCAGAGAAGGAGACAAACAGGAGAAAGAGAAACUAAAAGUUGAGAUUGAAUCUGUUCAACAGAGACUAGACUCUGCUCUAGUUAUCAGUGAAAAGCACAAGAAUGUGGAGGAAGAGUUCAAGGGUAAAUUUGAGGAGUUGACUCAGAAGUUGGCCAAUUUAGAGCAGCAGCACAAGGAGGUAAUGUUUGAGAAGGCGAGUCUUCAAGACCAGAACGCCCUCUGCAACAGUCAGAUCCAGAAUCUCCAGGAGCGUCUGAAAUCAGAGUUGACUCGGAUAUCAACAUACGACACAGAGCUUAAAGCCCUCCACGAUGCCAUGCAGCAAGCCCAGGCCGACUGCAAGAAGGCAAGAGAGGUUCAGCAGGAGGAGGCACAGAGGGUUUGCGCCUUACAGAAAGAACUGCAGGAAUGUCGUGAGGAUCAGGCCUCACUGCUGCAGCGACAGGCCAAGUCCAGCGAAGCUCUGGAGGCUGAAGUCGCCAAGCUUCGGAUGGCUCUCCGCGAAGAGGAAGAGAACAGCGCCCAGAGGGCUGAAGACGUGUCUGCCCUGCAGUCCGAGCUCCUCCAAGCCACGCAGGCUCUCGAGGAUAUUCGCUACAAGGAAGACCAAAUGAACCAGCUGAAGAAGGAGAAGCAGCAGCUGGAGGAGGAGGCUGCCAACCUUAACAACAAGCUAUUGAGCUUAGCGGAGGAGUGUGAAGAGGCACACCACGAGUCGACGCGAGCGAGGGAAGGUGAGAGCAGGGUCCGGACAGAGAUGGAGGCCGUGCAGGAGAAAGGACGUGCAAUUGAAAGAGAAAUCAGGGAGCUGAAAGAGAGAUAUGAUGAGUCGCUCAGCACCAUCUGUGACCUUCAGAGGAGGAUUCAGACAUCAGCUCAGCAGACUGAAGCCAAAGACAAAAAGAUCACAGAGUUGCUGACAGAUGUUGAGCGGUUGAAGCAGGCACUGAAUGGUCUGUCACAGCUGGCAUACACGAGCAACGCACCCAAUAAGAGACAGACGCAGCACAUCGACACACUCCAAACUCAGAUCAAGGGCCUACAGCAACAGCUGGCUGAUGCUGAGAGGCAACACCGGGAAGUGGUUUCAAUUUAUCGAACUCAUCUUCUCAGUGCAGCACAGGGCCACAUGGAUGAGGACGUCCAGGCCGCCUUACUACAGAUCAUCCGCAUGAGACAGGAGUUUGUGUGUUAAAGCUUCCUCUGACUAAACAAAAUGCUACCUGCUGACUCAAGUUCACGAUCCUCACAUCUCCUCCCUCUCUGUGUUCCCCUGCUGUGGCCCCUGUGGGUGCCCAGUGUGUGUGUGCGUGUGUGUGUGUGUGCGUGUGUGUGUGCGCUCCUAACAAGCUGCUCAGAAAGAAGUGUGUGUACACUGUUUCCCACACAUCAAAAUCUCCAUGGUGUGCGUAAAUGUGAAAAACUUGCAGUUUGUUAUUUCAAAUUAAGUCAAAAAGCAGAAAAUGAAAACUGAUUAUUUAAAAGUCGCAUCAAUUUCAUGUUUCGAAAUCAUUUAGGAACAUUUUUCAUCCAUCAUUUCUCUUGCAGUACGGCGAUUCUUUACAUUUUUUAACAAAUCUGUUAUGAAUAAUGAUGAAAAUCUGUAUUUUCAUGCAGCUUAAACCCUUUAAAUUCUGUGAUACGGGAGUUAUUUGAAAUGUAGGUCCUCUUCAUAGAUCACUCACUCUUGAAAUGCUCAGCUGAAUCGUAAAACGGUCAUUAUAUCAGACCACUUUUCACAUUCCCACCCGACAGUCCGCUCUCAUACAGUAUGUUUUUGUGCUUACCAACAGUAAUGUUUCUUAGAGUUUGAAGGAUAGGCUCACAGUUUUCCUAGAAACAAUUGUCAGGUUAUGCUCGCUCUGAUCGUUCCUCCUGUUCACACAGCUGAAAGAGGCUAAUUCACUUAUUAUGUAAGCGAUGGGGGCGAUAAAAGGGUGAUAGAUUUUUAUCGUGAGGCUUCAGCAGUUACUGAAGUCUAGAAGAUACCUCCCUUUGUAUUUCCUCGCUUCACAAUUCUUCCUUAACUGAGCUUCAGUGAAAGUAUCGUAACUAAAAUAUUAAAUUCUGGACUUUGUAAUACAUGUUUUCAUAGAAUGAGGACUGUGGUUGUUGUCCCCAUCAUUGGAACAUUCAAAACACAUUAGGAUUUGACUGACAGUGAAGAGUUUCUCAACAUGAUUGCAGUUUAAGAGAGGGAUGUUCUGUGUAACCAUGGCUAAUAUGAGGCUUCAGUGGUAUGAAUUAGUCAUUUAAAGUGGGUUUCUUUCAAGGUUCCUGACCUUUUGUGUUGCCACAAACGGAUUUCCUUGCUGUGCCGCAGGGAAAUCUACAGAAUGAAUUUAUGCACUGAAUGCUGAAGCUAUUUGACUCAUUUUGUCCCUCACCUCUUACAUCGGAAUAGAGUUAUUUAAAGGAUCCCUUCACGUCCAAUAUGGACAGCAGGAACAAUUACAGCACUCAAUAAGUCUCAUUGUGUUAGGACAAACUUGAACCUAUCCUUGUUAGCUUCUUUAUUGAGACUGCACUGAUUUUUGUGGCACGGUUAUCAUCUUCUGGAGGUCCAAACUAGCACGCGUUUCUCAGAAUAAUCCAAAUACCAAAGAGACCUAUAGAGGGUGAAAUCAUCAUCCAAAUAUAUAAAAAAAAACUACGCUCCAUUUUUUGGUAUGUGGCAUUCACACAGCCUGGUUACUGGUUUGUGCUGGAUUUUGAGUCAUUUGGGGAGUGCGGAGUGGAGAUCUCUUGCUGUGUCCUACAGUUUGCAGUGGCACGUUGUCCUUUUUGUUGAAACCAGAGUGUCCUCUAGUGGUGAGACUUGGCAGGCCAAGUUGAUAGAAAUUGUAAUAAUCAGUGUGGCCCAGGGGUGGGCAGUAGUUGUUUUUGGAAGCUGACAGAUACAUUUGCUAGAAAUAUUUUACAGAUAGUGAAUAUAUGAAAUGUUAAACUAAAUUACUACUAAUACAAACCUCUUUUUAAAAGACACCAAAUGUCCUUGACUUGAUAUAAAAGCUAAUUUCUGCAGCAGUGAACUUUGCAGCUCUCCCAGGACGACGGUUGCAUACCCCUGAUCCAGCUCUUUGUGACUCUUGAUGGUGUAGUGUAGUGGUGUUGUGAUUGUUGAGCGAGUCUCGUAUGCCUUGACACUGAUAUAUUUUUCAUAGAUUUGUACUACUUUAAUUACUGUACUACAGUGUGACAUUUCUGAUAUUCAGCAGGUCUGGAAGUAGAACGGCACAAAACACGUUCAGGGUAACAUUUACCAUAGGAUGCCAGUCGAUGAGAAUAGAACACAUCCCUUUUUAUUUAUGUGGAUUAUUUGAAGCACUCCUGUCUUUGCCUUCCAGCUAACACACCUCACAAAAUAUUUUUGGCCCAAAAAAACAGUUGAUGGUUUAGAAAACAAUACCUCUUGUAUUUUGUUAUGCAGAUAUUAGGACAUUAACACUAUUUUUUUAAAAUAUUUCUUCCCUCUUCUGACUACAAAUGAAAUCCAGUUCAAUCUCUAAAUGUACACCAAUCUGUUUAAAUUGGUUGUUUUCUUUGGCAGUAAUAUUUGUGUUUAUGACUCAGUAAUACAAAAUCAAUAAAAGUGCCUAACAUAGAAAACUA